CUCACUAAACACACGGGGCCUGACUGCUCUGGGGCCUACUCUACCGCAGGAAAGGGAGGAACAACGCCCCAACGAUCCCGGCACCAAGAAUUGACAGACGCGCCAUCCAACCAACAGUGGGUAUGAUCCCAGCCCCAGGCGGGGGCGGGCUGGAGGUCGGGAAGCCCGGCCCCUCGCCGACUGGUGACGUCGGAGCCGACAUGGCCAGCUAUCCCUACGGGCAGGGCUGCCCAGGAGCUGGAGGACAAGCGCCUGGAGCCCCUCCGGGUAGCUACUACCCUGGCGGAGGGCAGUAUGGCAGCGGGGUACCCCCUGGUGGUGGUUAUGGAGGAGGUCCAGCCCCUGGAGGGCCUUAUGGACACCCCAACCCUGGGGGGCUCCCCUCUGGAGCUCCAGGAGGACCAUAUGGCGGUGCGGCCCCAGGGGGCCCCUAUGGUCAGCCACCUCCAAAUUCCUAUGGUGCCCAGCAUCCCGGGCCUUACGGACAGGGGCCUCCUCCAGGUGGCGUCCCUCCCAAUGUAGACCCCGAGGCUUACUCCUGGUUCCAGUCAGUGGACUCCGAUCACAGUGGCUACAUCUCCACCAAGGAGCUGAAGCAGGCCCUGGUCAACUCCAACUGGUCCUCGUUCAGUGAUGAGACGUGCCUGAUGAUGAUGAACAUGUUUGACAAGACCAAGUCGGGCCGCAUGGAUGUCUACGGUUUCUCAGCCCUGUGGAAGUUCAUCCAGCAGUGGAAGAACCUUUUCCAGCAGUAUGACCGAGACCACUCGGGCUCCAUCAGCUACACGGAGCUGCAGCAAGCUCUGUCCCAAAUGGGCUACAACCUGAGCCCCCAGUUCACCCAGCUCCUGGUCUCCCGCUACUGCCCACGCUCCGCCAACCCCGCCAUGCAGCUAGACCGCUUCAUCCAGGUGUGCACCCAGCUGCAGGUGCUGACCGAGGCCUUCCGGGAGAAGGACACAGCUGUGCAGGGCAACAUCCGGCUCAGCUUUGAGGACUUCGUCACCAUGACAGCUUCUCGGAUGCUAUGACCCAGCCCCCCUGUAGAGAGUGGUGUGCUCCAGGGCACCUUUCCUGGCUCUUUGGACUGGGAGAAGCCGGGAGGGGGGUCUCCUUUUCCUGCCCCUCCUAGAAAAGUUUCUCCCUUGCCUGAUACAGUGCUGUCCCCAAGAGAGCUGGGGGUCCUGUGUCUUGGCCACCAAAUAGUGGGGUCCUAGGCCAAGGCCACACAGGUAGGGGCCUGACAUAGGAGAGGACUGGAAGUUAAAUGUCCUUACAGUCCUUAGCAUGUAAGUGGCACAGCCUUGUGGCAGGAGCAGCAGAUGCCAGUCAUUGUAAUGGAGUGUGUGUCCAGUUGCCGGGCUCCAGCCUCUAGCUUUCCCUUCUGUGGCCCGACACCAGUGGUGAGUGUUCAUCGGCCUCUUCGUCCUCUCGGAUGAAGCCAGUUUCUCCAAAGUGGAGCCUGACCAAGCAUGAAAGAGAGGUGCCCAAGGCACCAGUGGCUCGGAUUCUGCCACCGCCAUGCCCACAGCCGUGUGUGUGGACUUCCAGCUGCUGGGGGCUGUCCCUGCUCAGGGAGCUUGGACAGCCUGCUCUCUGGGCGUUUGGGGCCAGGCCACUGCACUCUGCAGAUCGGACUGGACCCCUCACUUGCUACCACUCUCUGCUUGGCUUCAUCCCCCAGCGGACAGUUGCCACCUCCCACUGCCAAUGCCUUUUUUUGUUUUUUCAUUUGGGGCCA